UCCCCGACACCCCCGUCCCCACCCCAACACCACGCAUGUUCCCGCAAGAGCGACGAUAGGACGACUUUUACAUGCGGGCGCUUCGGCGUGAAGAAGGAAAUGCGGAGAUCGUGUGAAAGCGGAGGAUUAUCAGCUUGACUUUAUUACGGACGCGGAACUCCACUCGCUAAAAGGUGAAUCAUGACAGAAUAUAAGUUGGUAGUGGUGGGAGCUGGUGGCGUUGGCAAGAGCGCACUUACCAUUCAGCUCAUCCAGAAUCACUUUGUGGAUGAAUACGACCCCACCAUUGAGGACUCUUACAGAAAGCAGGUAGUGAUUGAUGGAGAGACGUGUCUGUUGGACAUCCUGGACACUGCAGGUCAGGAGGAGUACAGCGCCAUGAGGGACCAGUACAUGAGGACAGGGGAGGGUUUCCUCUGUGUCUUUGCCAUCAAUAACACCAAGUCCUUUGAGGACAUUCACCACUAUAGAGAACAGAUUAAGCGGGUGAAGGACUCUGAGGACGUCCCCAUGGUUCUGGUGGGAAACAAGUGUGACCUCCCGUCCCGGACAGUGGACACCAAGCAGGCUCAGGACUUAGCACGCAGCUACGGAAUUCCCUUUAUCGAGACCUCAGCCAAAACCAGACAGGGUGUUGAUGAUGCCUUUUACACAUUAGUGCGAGAAAUCCGGAAGCAUAAGGAGAAGAUGAGCAAGGAGGGCAAAAAGAAGAAAAAGAAGUCCAAGACAAAGUGUUCACUUAUGUGAAUUAUCACCCCUUUUCAAGACAGACAAAAAAAAAAGAAACUAUGUUGAACAGUUCAAGUAAUACAUUUUGUACAUUACACUAAAUUAUUAGCUUUCUCAAUACCCACAAUACUGAAUACUAAACUUGCCCUGAUUCUUUUCUGCCUUUCUGUUAUUUGCUACUUUGUCACCAAUAAGCUUUAUUUUCAGUUUUAGUGCCAGUUGCCCUCAUGUGUUGGUCCAGCCGGUUUGAUUCGGAUUCUUUUAUACAACUGCGGAGCAUGAGCUCAUUGCAUCAUAGCUCACACUUGACAAAUUAUUCAUUAUUAGCUUUUUAAAAACGUUUUGAUUUUCCUGUGCUCAAAAGGGCAUGACCUUCAAAAGUUGUGUGGUGCCCCUUGUUAAGCACGGGAUGCCAAAGAAAGGAUUUCCAUUCUGAUUCUCAAAGACAAAACAGACAUGAGGAAAGGACCAAGAUUCAGCCAGAUGAGAUCCAAAUGUCCCAGCCACUGUCUAAUGUCCCCAUUUAGUUAUGUCACUGAUAUAAGUAUGCAUGCAAACUCCUUUUAACACCCUAAUUAACUAUUAAUUCAUUUGUCAGUGCUUUGUACUUGUGUGGGAGGUGAUUUCUUACCUCUUAUGAGAAUUUAGUUUUUGCAUGCAUGUGUCCUAGGUGACAUGGGUAUUGCAAACUGCCUUUGGUUGAUACAUUUAACAGAGCCAGCGACGAUGAACUCUGACCCAAGUGUAGCUUUUCAGGUCUUUAACCAAUAAUCAAUAUUUGCUGUUGUGAGACAAAAAUCAGCCAUUUUUAAGGUUGAUGUGUGAAAGAUUCAAUGAUCCCUGAUGGUCUGGAUUUUUACAAACUGGGAACAGUCCUUCUCUGUUGCAGGGACUGAUGCCACGUCACAAGCUAAUGUUUGACUUUACUGGUUACAUAUUUCCUGCUUCUUUAUAUGCGAAGGCUUGACUGCAGGACUGUUUUUAUCCCUCCUGACAAAAAUCAUUUUAUUAGUAGUUACUCCAAUUGUCACUCAAAUUUAUCAAUAGUUUAACACUUCUCCUGAUAGAGAACAUAGUAUUCAAACAGUGUUUGUUAGGUUAAAUACACAAUUUCAAGGAAAUGCGAUUCCCCAGUAGCCGGCCACAGAGGCGUAAUGCCUUUGCUCGUUUUCCUCAGCCGUCGACUCGUUUGCUUUCGACUGGCUAGAAAGCAAAUUGCAUCUUUUUAAGCAGCUUUCAGGAAUAUUCUUCUUGGUUUGGUAUCACGGAGGUGGUUCGGAUUCCUCCUUAUGUGUUCUGUGCUUUAUGGAUUUAUGUCCACAAGUGUUGGAAGAUUUUUUUUUAGGGUGGGCUGCCUUUCAACAAACGAUAGUCAAGCAGAAUAAUUUGUAAUUUUCUCCCACAAAACUCAUCUAUCGUAGUGAUGUAACAGGAACUAAUGUUUGUAAACGAGGCAGUAAUUGCCUUAAAAUUGGUUUUUAGAGGAGAUUGUCUAAAUUUAUUAAAGUGCUAGUUUCUUUUCGAGGUCAACCCAUAUUUCACCUUUUCCGUCGUACUUGCAAGCUGUUCCCUGGGGGGAUGUUUAUUUGCCUUUUAUUGUUUGCAUUAGGUGCUACAUUUAGACGGCAAAAAGAGCCGAGACAACAUUCACUGUGUCUUGUGUGUGUGCGCUCAUGAAAUACACAAAAUGCUGUUUUAGGGGAGUGAUGGUAUUGACACAGAAAAUCCAGACAUGAUACAUUUUGCUUUCAGGAUUAAUGAGGUUUGACCCAGUUUAUUAUUACCUCCUUGUUUUUUUUUCAUGAAGUAGAUAACUGUUAAUGCAAUUUUAAUUAAGGAACCCUCUUGUUAACAAUACUGUUUCAAAAGUAGUUUUACUGAAAUGUUUGAAAUGUUCCUCUUCCUUUAUUGCGUGCCAAGAGCUGAUUUCUGAAAUGUAUCAUUUAUACCUGGAUCGUAUUUUAACAACCUUUGUAUAGUUGUGAUACUGAAAGGUGCAUAUUUUGUAAAUUGUGCUUCAUUUCGUUGGUGUGUCUAGAUGAAUGUUGCUUUAAUGGAGUUUCACUCCGCUCUGUGUAUGUGACUACAGUGUGACUGGGUCCAGGUCUGGGGAAGUGAAUGAAUGACCACUUUACAACACACUUGUUGUGGGCAGUGUAGAGUGGUAAUCUGAUCUCAAAUGAGUCUAUUUUUUGCCAUGAAUCUCACCACUCCUAUUUAAUGUGUAAUAAAGAACAAAGUAAAGAGGAA